CGACAAAAGUCCCUUCAGUUCAGCCGGCUGCAGGGGAAGUCCCGGCGCCCGGCGAAACCACCCUCCCGUGCAGCCGAGCCCAGCAGCUCUCCCGCCGCCGUCCCCGGCGGCCCCAUGCCCCGAUGCCCCGCGGGGGCCAUGGACGAGGGGCCCGUGGACCUGCGCACCCGACCCAAGGCCGCCGGACUCCCGGGCGCCGCACUGCCGCUCCGCAAGCGCCCGCUGCGCGCGCCCUCCCCGGAGCCCGCCGCUCCCCGCGGCGCUGCGGGCCUUGUUGUCCCCCUGGACCCCCUGCGCGGCGGCUGCGACCUGCCGGCGGUCCCCGGGCCCCCCCACGGCCUGGCCAGGCCGGAGGCGCUGUACUACCCGGGAGCCUUACUGCCUUUGUACCCCACUCGGACCAUGGGCUCCCCGUUUCCUCUGGUGAACCUGCCUACACCCCUGUACCCCAUGAUGUGCCCCAUGGAACACCCCCUUUCUGCUGACAUCGCCAUGGCCACCCGAGCAGAUGAGGACGGAGACACGCCUCUCCAUAUUGCUGUGGUGCAGGGUAACCUGCCAGCUGUGCACCGACUGGUCAACCUCUUCCAGCAGGGGGGCCGGGAGCUCGACAUCUACAACAACCUACGGCAGACACCGCUCCACCUGGCUGUGAUCACCACAUUACCGUCUGUGGUCCGGCUCCUGGUGACAGCUGGUGCCAGCCCCAUGGCGCUGGACCGCCAUGGCCAGACGGCCGCCCACCUGGCGUGCGAGCACCGCAGCCCAACCUGCCUGCGAGCCCUGCUGGACAGCGCAGUUCCUGGCACGUUGGACCUGGAGGCCCGCAAUUACGACGGGCUCACCGCCCUGCACGUGGCAGUGAACACAGAGUGCCAAGAAACCGUGCAGCUCUUACUGGAGCGCGGUGCCGACAUCGACGCCGUGGACAUUAAGAGCGGCCGCUCCCCGCUCAUCCACGCCGUGGAAAACAACAGCCUUAGCAUGGUGCAGCUGCUGCUGCAGCACGGCGCCAACGUGAACGCACAAAUGUACUCCGGCAGCUCCGCGCUGCACUCAGCGUCCGGCCGCGGGCUCCUCCCGCUGGUGCGCACACUGGUCCGCAGCGGCGCUGACAGCAGCCUCAAGAACUGCCACAACGACACGCCGCUGAUGGUGGCGCGCAGCCGCAGGGUCAUCGACAUCCUGAGGGGGAAGGCCGCCCGGCCUGCUUCCACCUCCCAGCCAGACCCCUCCCCUGACCGGAGCGCCAACACCUCCCCCGAGAGCAGCAGCCGCCUUAGCUCCAAUGGUCUUCUCUCUGCAUCACCGUCCUCCUCACCCUCCCAGUCUCCCCCCAAGGACCCCCCUGGAUUCCCCAUGGCUCCUCCCAAUUUCUUCCUUCCUUCCCCAUCUCCACCUGCCUUCCUGCCCUUUGCCGGGGUCCUCCGAGGCCCUGGCCGGCCGGUGCCCUCCUCCCCAGCUCCAGGAGGCAGCUGAGGGGGAUGGGGGGGCAGAUCUUGGACUCAUGAGGAGGGGCCCCCUGCCCUGUGGGGUCAACCCUUCUGGAAACUGUGAAGAUCUCACUCUGCCCCCCCCCAUCUUCGGGACCAGGAUUUGCACAGAAGCACAUGCACCUACCCAUACAGCCCCUCUUCUGAGCACAGUUCCCCCAUCUCGCUCCCUGCCCAGAACUCUGACCCCAGUAUUCUCAGGCACCAGUCCCUGUCCGGAAUGCCACCCACAUCUUCCAUUUCCGUGUCCCCUCCCAGAGCUGGUGGACCCAGGGAACAGCCACUCCCCUCCACACUCUACCAGACAACUGAGGAGGGGAGAGGUGGGCUGUAACGGACACGGAUCACGAUGUAAAUUAUUAAGCAUUUUGGUUGGAUUUCUUUUGUAAUAAACUAUUUUUGUACCAUA